AUGCUGCACGACCUCUUGAUGGCCCUCGCGGGCUUUCCUGGAGACGUCUUCGUGCGUUAUGAAGACCUGGGGCCCCCCGAGGCCCCUUCUGUGGGGAGGGGGGGCCCCGGGGGGGCCUCCAGGGGGCCCCCCGGGGGCCCCCUGCGACCUCUGGUGUCGGGAGGGGGAGGCUUUCGCCUAAAUCCGAAGUUAAAAGGGUUCAGUGAGGGGGAGAGAGAGGCCCUAGAAAGGGCAGUAGCCCCAGGGUACGACUUGCUGCUGAUUCGCGAGUUCAUUGCUGCAGCAGAAGCAGCAACGCAGUCGCUGCUGCAGCAGGGGGGGGCCCCAUGGGGGGCCCCCCCAGGGGCCCCUAAGGGGAACGCAGCCCGGCUUGCUGCUGGGGGCCCUUUCUCCGGGCCCUCCCGCGAAGCAGCAGCAGCAGCAGCGGCUUCCUCUUCCCCUCCCCCAGCAGCAGCAGCAGCAGCAGCAGCAGGGGGGCUCUACACUGCAGCACUUGCCCGGGCCUCGCGGGAACUUUGUGAAGUAUAUUUGUCAACUUUAGUUGCUGCUGAAGAUGAGCUGCUGCAGCAGCAGCAAACCCCUCUUGCUGCACUUUCGCUGGCCCUCAAAGACCAGCCCCACAAGAUGCGCGUUCUCAGGCAAAUCCUGUCCCAAGCGUGGGGAAUGGCUUUGUCUGCUGCUGCUGCGGGGGCCCCACUGCCUUGUGGGGUUUUAAUGGACUUCCUUUGGAGGGGCAGCAGCAGCGGAGACCCUUUGGCCCGCGGGGUCAUGGGGGCCCCUGCUGCAGCAGCAGCAGCAGCAGAGGCGCGCGCAGGCGCAGCAGCAGCAGCAGCAGCAGCAGCAGCAGGGGUGGUGCUGUUCGUGGGCAAAGCCAUCCGCGUGCUGCGCAGGGGCGGCAAAUGGGGGCAGCAGCAGCAGCAGCAAGUGGAGUGUCUAGCUAGCCAGAUGCGCAAGGCUUUUUCCCACCCGUCUUCUCCUGCAGCUGUCAUCUUGCCCUGCCUCAAGGCGCUGCGUGCCAUCGUACCUAAACCCUAA